AUGAAAAAUAUACUCUCUCUGAGUUACUAUGAUUUGCCUUACUAUCUAAAAAUAUGCUUCUUGUACUUGGGUUUAUUCCCUGAGGAUUACGAGAUUGAGCGCAUGAGAGUGAUUCGACUGUGGAUCGCAGAAGGAUUUGUGAAAGAGAUAGGGGGAAUGACAAUGGAAGAAGUUGCUGAAGGCUAUCUCAAUGAGCUUAUUAAUAGAAGUUUGGUCCAAGUGGCAAAGAUAGAUGGUGUUGGAAGGCUUAGAGAGUUUCGAAUCCAUGACCUUUUCCAUGAAGUAAUUAUUUCAAAGUCAAGAGAACAAAACAUUGCUGCCAUAGUAAGCAAAAGAAGCACAACAUGGCCGGAAAAAGUUCGCCGCCUAUCAAUUCAGUAUACCUUGGGGAACUUGAAGCAUACAAAUCGUUUUUCUCAACUCCGUUCAUUGCUCAUGUUUUCGGUGGAAGAACCUAUAUCCAAGUCGUUGAAUCCUAUAUUAUUCAAUGGUGGGGUUAGGUUGUUGAAGGUUUUGGACCUGAGGGGUGCUUCUUUGAAGAUACUUCCAAAUGAAGUUGGCAAACUAUUUCAUCUCAGGUAUUUAAGCUUGAGGAGAACAGAGGUUGAAACGCUUCCGAAAUCCAUAGGUAAGCUUGAAAACCUUGAAACUUUGGAUCUCAAAAACACCAAUGUAACUGAGUUGCCUGUUCAGAUCUUAAAGCUCCAGCGUCUUCGUCAUCUCUUGGUUUAUAUUGAAGCGAACCAUGACAAUAGUAGAAUUGUAAUGGGAGAGCUGGGGAGACUAACCCAGCUGAGGAGAUUGGGGGUUAGGGAGUUAAGAAGGGAGGAUGGGAAGGCUUUGUGCUCCUCUAUUGAAAAGUUGAGUAACCUUCAAUCAUUGAACGUAGGUUCUGUAGAAACGAAAGAGAUUAUUGAUAUACAACAAUUGCCUUCUCCUCCUCGCAAGUUAAGGGAUGAUCCAUUGCAAUCCCUUCAAGAUUUGCCCAUUCUGAUAGAAAUUGUACUUUUUAAGGCUUACCGAGGGGAGGAAAUGUGUAUCAAAUCGACAGGGUUUCAGAAGCUUAAGAUAUUGGAGCUUUACAGCUUAGAAGGAUUGAGGUGGGUGAGAAUGGAGAAGGGAUCAUUGCCUCAUCUUGAAAAGCUAACUAUUGGGAACUGUGAGUUGGUGGAAGAGGUACCCACUGGCAUUGAAAAUCUAACCAACCUUAAAUCCCUUGAGCUCUUGAAUAUGACAUUGGAUCCACACAAACAGGGUGGGGAUUAUUGGAAAAUAGCACACAUCCCCAAUAUUCAGAUUUCUUGA